GAAAAAAGUGACACAAAGUGUCGUCGUCACCAACUGCUCCGGGGAAGAUAAUGAAAGAAUAACAGUUUCCCCCCGACUCCGGUUUGUCUUCUGUUGCUUCUCAUGUUGCCACCCUCAUCUACCUACACCGAGUGCAGAGCAAACAAAUGAAUUCCUCUGAAGGCGGUUAGUGGCGGAAAAUCCCGCGGGUAAAACGUGGCAAUUUUCUUCUACUUUACAAGCAAUAACCCGAGGAUGGUGGCACGUGGGGACGGUCCUGGAAGGCAAAAGGCAACCGUUGUCUUAAUGUGAUUAGUGGAAACCCAACCGAACGAACGAAAGCGGGCAGUUCCGCAGGAGUAAGACGUUCAAGUAAAUAUGACGACGACCUUGGGGAGUUGGAAAAUUGCAAUGUCUAGGGUGCAGGAAAGUGCACCAGUUGUGUCGUGGUGAGGGAAUAAGUGAUUCUUUCCUACGAAAGUGUGGAUUAAUUAGUAUCGUGCAAACGUGCAAAAACGGUGUGACAGUUGGAAGUGAAAUGAAUAUAAGGCGAUGGAUUUCAUAAAAAGUCUUCUACCCCCGUUGAAAAUUCCCAAGAAGUUCAAGCAAUGGAACGGUGCCUCCAUUCUCAAUCUCAGCCAGUUGACGAGUCUGCCGUCUCGCAGGAGGAACGUGGGAUCGAUUGCUUCAGUAACUAAUCGCUCGCCUGGCGUCGUCGGGGCGGCGUCGAUUCCCAACGGGACGAAAGGUCACGCAAGGAAGCGGUCGGACAUCUCGAUCAUAUCGGCGUCGGUGCCGAGCAAUGGAGGAAACGGGAACUUCGGGCUGUACGCCCUGAAGUGUGACCGGAAUGCAGCGAAGCGUGGCAUAUUGCUGAAUCUGCCGCGGAAGAUGGCGGCCGUGGUUGGUGGCGAGACGAACGGGUGCUACCAGUCGGAGGAGAUGGUUCAUGAGAAGUUUUCACCGUGCAAGAAGACGAUGGAACCACCGCCAAGGAGGAAGAAGCUGAGGAAGCGACAGGAGCAGCAGCAGCAAAUCGUGGUGAACCCGAUGAGGACGGGGGGCAGGGAGAUGUACUGUGGUGAUUUACUGCUGGAGCGGAACCGUAGCGAGCUGUUCCGGAUUGCCGAGCGGGGAUCGAACGAGCAUCUGAAUAGAAGGGACGGAGAGCACCUGGCUCCACCGGCUGGGGCACUGAGUGGUGGUCGAAAGUCACGGUCAGUGGAUAAUAUUCUAGCAUUGAAGAAGUACUACCCAGAGGAAGGUGCGGAGAGUGAUAGCGAUGCGGAGCAGGUGCGGUCAUUGAAGGUUGGGAAGAUGAGGGAAUGGAAGGGAUCGAGGAGUCUGAAGUACAGUGAAAGUAUGGAAAGUGACUCAGAAGAGGUUGGAAAGGUUAAGAGGAAUGUGAAGGGUCGGUUGAAGAAAGCCAGUGACUUUUCAAUUGAGAACAAUUCCGAUGAGAUUGAGGUAAGGUUCAGGAGGAAUGAGAGUACCGAGAGUGAGGAAACAUCGAAGCCGGUACCAAUGCCGCUGCCCACUCGGGUGGUAGUUCUGAGACAGGAAGUUAAGCCGGAGGUCAAACCAAAAAUGGCAAAGCCCAAGAUGCCGGACAAGCCUCCACCGAAGAAGGUGGAGCAGUUUGUAAGCUCGCAGGAUUUUGAGGAGAAUUUCAAACCUUUGGCUUCGGUGCUUCUGGAGUCGAUUAAGAGUGCCGAAUUGAAGCGCAAAUGGAUCAACGACUUUCUGUUGGAAAGUGACGAUGAACCCGUUAAGCCGAAACAAGCGGUGGUCGGCAUGAAAAGCUUACCAUCGAACGAUUCGUUGUCGAAGAAGUUCGAACUGGUUGACAAGUUUGACAGACAGCUGGAAGCGCUGGAAACGGGAAGGAAGUUGACAACCAAAGAAUCUGAGGAUAGCGUCAAUAUUUUCAAGAAAACCAAUGCAGAUUUUGACGAAUUCGAUAAACUGUUCAACGGGGACAAAUCGCCGACGGAUGAUCAGCUGCGGUCGCUCGGUAGUGUCAAGAAGAGCGUUACCGUCAGCGAGCGGAUAACCUACAUCAACCAACACAAGACCCAUCUAUGCUUCUCGUCAUCCUCGGUGGAUUCGGAUGUGAAGGCCGCACCGGUUCCACCGCCACUUCCUCCACCUGUGGCUAGCCGGAUGAAGAACGGUACCCUACCGAAGAGUACGGUCAACAUUCAGGACUACUACGACAAGAAGUUGCAGCGCGUCCGGAACGUCUCGUCGCCAUCGCUGUCGCGAUGCUUCGACGAAGAUUCGUCCACCGAAUGGACCGAACCGGUCAACAAUAAUAUAGUGCUUCCUUUAAGUAUAAUCAACCGUACUAUUGUAGAUAACUGUAUUACUACUGAGCAAGUGCCAACAAGUGCGACAGCAGCAGUAACCGUUAACGAACCGAAUCAAAACAUCUACCCAGAAACCUAUAACCAAGCUAGUAACGACCAUAUCUCGUGUAAUCUCAACAAUAUCGACGACCCUAGUUAUGUCGGUCUUAAUCAAGCUACCAAUAGUAGUUCUACCAGUCAUAGCCAUAAUGUUUUUAUCGUGGGUGAAACCUUCAAACGGAACGAGAGCUCGGAAGUUAUCCGAAGCCGGAAGCCGACGACGGUCAAGCGUUACAUCAACUACAAAUUUGACGAUUACUGUCAGCUCGGUAAUGGGAAGGGAACGAAGGCUCCGCCGAGAGUAUUCAACAUCAACGACUUCCACGACGAGUGCUACAACGAGGAAGGCGUUGUCAUCAUCUGAAGGCAGCCGCGAAUUGUCUGUGUGUAGAUAAUAAUAAUACUGGUGUAUAGAGGAGCGAACACGUUUUAAUAAAUAUAUCACUUA